GGCCGAGAAGCCUGUUCAAUGUCUCAGACGCGGAUCUGCAGGGUGGCAGCCCGAUCUGACUCUUCUCGCCGAUCGCAGCAGCAGCAGCAAGCUUUCCCCCUCGAGGCCGCAGUAUGGACAGCCAAGAACAGACCCAGGAUCGUGCCGCCAAGCGCAAGGUCGACGAGAUCGCCACCCCAAAGAAGCCUGCGAGCGAGUCUGUGGAGCAGGCACCCGCCGAGGCCAAGAUCUCGCCGCCCCUCAAAAAGAUUGCGAUUGAACCCACCGACGGCGAUGGCGAACAGGAAAAUGGCCAGCAGGACACAGAGAUCGAGAGAACGAGCAAAGUCAAGAAGGAAAGCCCAAAGAAAGACAGCAUCAAGACCGACAGCCCGAAAAAGGUCGCCUCGACCCUCUCACUAUUCGGAGGGGGCUCGGGUGCCUCAUGGGACGACUGGACAGAUGAUGCGCCAAAGAAGCCUGCAGUCACCACAGGCAGCGACAAGCCCGGUGCUCUGGCCGAUCCAGGGCGCAAGCAUCUACCAGCUAAAUCGGUCGGAAUUCCCGAGUCGCCGCUCGGUGCUCUGUCAUCGCAUUCGGGCACCGACAAAUCGUCGCAGACCACGGGCGGGUCAACGUCGAUCUUUGAUCGCUUGAAGAGUGCGACCUCCCUGGGCACGACCACAUUCCGAUCGUUCGCGGGACCGACCUUUGGCUCGUCCACCUCGUCGUACUCGGGACUAUCAUUUGGCUCCCAGGCCAACAAGGAUGACCAGUCGUCGUUCAGCUCACUGCUUUCCAGCCAGCAAGAAGAUUCGGCCGAGGCGGACGACGUAGAGGCCGAGGCUCCCAUCGAGAUUGCGCCAGUGGUCAGCCUCGAGCUGCAAGAAGUUGUCACCGGAGAGGAAGACGAAAAGACACUCUUUCAGACUCGCUGCAAGCUCUUCCACUGGAAAGACCAGAAGUGGUGCGAGCGAGGCACAGGCUCUCUGCGAGUCAAUGCCAAGAGAGACAGCAUUGCGCGAUCCCGGUUAGUGAUGAGAAGCGAGGGAGUUCUGCGAUUGAUCCUCAACACCGCCAUCUACAACAAAAUGCCCGUCGAGCAAUACCAGGGGCGGUAUGUGCGCUUUGCCGCAUUUGAAACGGACGAGAGUGGCACCACCACUCUGACUCGAUAUCUGGUCAAGGUUGCCAACGACGACGCCGGCAAGGAGCUUGUAAAAGCGGUUGUGGCUGCCUCAGCUAAAGCAGCCAAAGCCGAGUAAGGCUCAUACACUGCUGUACAUACGCAGAGCUUUGGAUGGGCCACUGUGCGGAAUACACUGUACACUUGACACA